AUGGAUGUGCUCAGCCCCUUACAGGGCAACAACACUACGUCGUCCCAGGGUCCCUUCGGGACACGCGCCAACGCUACUGGCAUCUCCGACGUGACCUUCAGCUACCAAGUGAUCACCUCUCUGCUGCUGGGCACGCUCAUCUUCUGCGCGGUGCUGGGCAAUGCGUGCGUGGUGGCCGCCAUAGCCUUGGAGCGCUCCCUGCAGAACGUGGCGAACUAUCUUAUAGGCUCGUUGGCCGUCACAGACCUCAUGGUGUCGGUGCUGGUGCUGCCCAUGGCCGCGUUGUACCAGGUGCUCAACAAGUGGACUCUGGGACAGGUCACCUGUGACCUGUUCAUCGCCCUCGACGUGCUGUGCUGCACCUCGUCCAUCCUGCACCUGUGCGCUAUCGCGCUGGACAGGUACUGGGCCAUCACAGACCCCAUCGACUACGUGAACAAGAGGACGCCCCGGCGCGCAGCUGCACUCAUCUCGCUCACCUGGCUCAUUGGCUUCCUCAUCUCCAUCCCGCCCAUGCUGGGCUGGCGUACCCCGGAAGACCGCUCGGACCCCGACGCGUGCACCAUCAGCAAGGACCAUGGCUACACUAUUUACUCCACCUUUGGCGCUUUCUACAUCCCGCUGCUGCUCAUGCUGGUUCUCUACGGGCGCAUCUUCCGAGCCGCGCGAUUCCGCAUCCGCAAGACAGUCAAGAAGGAGGAGAAGAAGGUAGCCAACAACCGCCUUGGGGCGUCGCCAGCCCCGCAGCCCAGAAAGAGCGUAAAUGGUGAGCCGGGUAGCAAAGACUGGAGGCAGGGCAUGGAGAACAAGGCAACAGGGGCUCCGUGCGCCAAUGGAGCCGUGAGGCAGGGCGACGAAGGAGCCGCCCUGGAAGUGAUCGAAGUGCACCGGGUGGGCAACUCCAAAGAGCACCUGCCGCUGCCCAGCGAGGCCGGUGCUGUCCCCUGCGUCCCCGCCUCCUUCGAGAAGAAAAAUGAGCGCAACGCCGAGGCCAAGCGUAAGAUGGCCCUGGCCCGCGAGAGGAAGACGGUGAAGACGCUGGGCAUCAUCAUGGGCACCUUCAUCCUCUGCUGGUUGCCCUUCUUCAUCGUGGCCCUGGUCCUGCCCUUCUGCGAAAGCAGCUGCCACAUGCCCACCCUGUUGGGCGCCAUAAUCAACUGGCUGGGCUACUCCAACUCUCUGCUCAACCCUGUCAUUUACGCCUACUUCAACAAGGACUUCCAAAACGCAUUUAAGAAGAUCAUAAAGUGCAAGUUCUGCCGCCGAUGA